UGCUUGGAAAUCAACAAGUCGGAAUUGAAAAUUGCCCAAAUUUGCCGUAAGCUCGCUGAGCGCGGGGAGCCAGCGGCGUGGGGGUUUUCCUACGCUCUUUCCUCUGGUCUAUAAUAGUUUCCCUCUGCUCGUAAUCAUGAUAGCAUAGCAUGGAGAGGUGGAGGGCGAAAUUUGCGCUAAAACUGGCGAGGUGUAGUGUUACCGUGUGCUCGAGCUAACCCCCCGACCCGCUUUACCAUGACAGAGCCGGUCCGAGAGCGGGCGGGAGCGGACGGAAGCACCGAGGACAUCCCGGCCAACUCUCCACCUCCCCGGCCUCCCCCACCGCCCAUUCCCGACGAGAUCCUGCGGAAGAUUCACGAGGUGGAGCAGGAGACGUUUCUCGGGCAGAUCCCGAUGCAGGAGCCGAGAGGCAGCCCGGGGAAACGCCGCCCGGAGGUCCUUCCAGAGAACAUGUUUAUCCGUGUGCUCCACGGGAGCCUACGGAGGGUGGCCGGGGCCGAGGAGCGGCCCAUCGCCGACGGGACAGCCCUGGUUCGGACGGUAGAACUCACCAGAGCACCCGGAGAAAUGCUGGGAUUUUAUAUCAGACAGGGAAAUGGACUUGAUAGAGACCAUGGGAUCUUUGUUUCGCGAAUUAUGGCUGGGAGUUUGGUAGAUCGGUAUGGACUGCUUCGCAUCGGGGACGAGAUUCUAACCGUGAACAGCGUAGACGUAUCGUACAUGAAGCUGGCGGAAGUUGUCGCCAUCAUGCAGAUUCCCACCCGAUUAGUUAUGAACGUUACGACACAGAAGUACGCCACACUCCCGGUGAAAGGGGGCAUACAGAAAGGGGACCAAUUAGCAGUUGAAAAUAAAAAUCCAACUAGAACGCCAAACAAGCCAAGAAGAAGUGCAUCGCAGCGAAUCAGUAGAAGCCCAAAGACUCCAGGACGUCAGAAGGCAAAACGACUGGAACGUUCUAGUUCCCUGGAGGACAAGCGCCGCAUUCCUUUCCAGAAGGACCAAAUAUCGGACGAUUUCAGUGAUUUUGAGAAGUUCCUAUUCAAUCCGCCAUCACUCAAGGAGAAACCCUUACCGGAAAUACCCAAAGACUGCAAGAGACCGACCAAGACUCCCCCUGCCCCCCCUCCAAGCAAGGACAAGGAGAAAAUCAAGGAAGCCCUCUGUUCUGGGAAGAGACUAACACGUCUGGAUUUGGCCGUGGCUAGAACAAAACUAGAUGAAGCAUACCACCAAGCGUAUGACCUUCUUUUGAACUCGUUGGAAAAGGAGGAAGAAGAAAGGGCCAAAGCCGCCAAACAAAGCCAAAGGGACAGUUCUGCUUCCACAGAUGAUGGCAGCAAAACUCCAGUCGCUGAAGAAGUCGAAGAACAGCCAGAGGAAGAAGAUGGAAGGGGAAGUCCUGAGGGAGAAGCGUGUGUUACAGAAGUUCCGUUAACCUGGACCAAACUAGACCGUUCUUUACGUAGCCACCAUCUAGAAUCCUUACAGCAUCAUUCCUCUAGAUCGUCCUCCGAUCGCGAGGAGUGGGGCGAUGACGACAUACAGGGGGACUCCUACGUUGAACAUAAUCCCAUCUACGAGUCUGAUGAAGAUGACUACAACACGGCGCCAUUAUGGUCGGAGGGACAGGGCCACACUCCGAACGGAUUCAUUAAGAAGAAUGGACCGCUGAUGGAUGGAGGAACUGAUGAGGACGACCCACGAAACGACCCGCAGGAUUACUCAAACGAGUCGGACAGGGCUGAUUACGAGACCGGGACUUGGAAGAGCGACAAGACCUGGCAGAGCGACUCGUCUUGCGCCCCCGCCGACAUGGCCGAAUCGCCGUUGUUACAGCGGAAAGGUAGGGUGGGGAAAAUCGGAGAGGUUCACGCUAGGGCAGUGUUAUCUCCUCCGCGAUCUCCCAGCAACAUCACAGUGAAGAAGAAGCAGGAGUGGUAUCAGCGACGAGCGAAGAUAUCACCUGAGUUGGCUCGGCGAAUCUCGGGGGAGAAUGAGGAAGAACAAGGACAGGAGGAAGAGAACAUUGGAGAACCUGAGGAGCCAGAUUUGUCUCGGAGCCGGUCCCCCAAGCGAGAAGGGUUCUGGUCCGCUCUGUCCCAGCUGUCACCAACAACGGUACGCAAGUUCGGCUGGAAGAAACCAGCGACAAACCGGUCGCAAUCCGUGGAGGAGGAGAACCGGGCCAACAUCGGUACGGACAGCGAUGACAGCCCGAAAAUGACCCAGCGAAACCACGCCCUGCUGCCUGAAAUCGCUCUAACGCCGGAGCAGAAGCUGUCGUCUCUACAAAACAAAGGGAAAGUGGUCGCCAAGUAUCAUCUGGACAGUACGAGUAACAGCGACAACGGAAGCACAACGAGAGGAGGAGGAGGGGUGAGCAGCGUGUUCACUCGAACGCGCCUGUACCGCUCGUUUAACCGUGACCGCUCAAACAAUGACAGAACUAUGGAGAAAAUCCCCAACGGUGACCUUGCAGGCCGAGGUGUGGACCUGGGGAGCUACAAGAAGUGCAAAUCAGAUGAUGGGAACAAGGGGGGCCUGUGUCCCGUUUCAGGGAUCCUGGCCAUAGAACUGUAUAGCCUGAAGGGGAUGAAGGUGUUCAAGAAGAGCUCGAAGGACUUGUACUGCGUGAUCGAGGUGGACGGGGCUCCGCGGGCACGCACCGUGGUCCGGGACGGGGAGCAAGAGGUGGUUUGGAACGAGAAGUUCGCUCUCGAGCUCAACGACGCGUACCAGAUCUGCUUCAACUUCUACAACUGGGACAACAUCCGACGCCACAAGGUGAACUGUGCCGGCACCCUGAACCUGUCCCACCUCACCAGACAGGCCAACGAGAAAAUCGCACUCAAGAUGGACCCGAGGGGCACCAUGUACGUGACCUUGACCCUUGACCCCAACAUGGAGGAUGGUGUCCAUUCCCUGAACCCCUCCCCCGGCCUGGGGAGACUGUUUGGGAUGGACCUGGACAGGGUGGUGGAGGAGGAGGGAGGGGGGGUCCACAUUCCCCUCAUCGUCAAGAAGUGUGUCAGCGAGGUGGAGGACAGAGGCCUGAGUGUGGUCGGCAUCUACAGACUCUGUGGUUCAGCUUACAGAAAGAAGGACCUACGUGAUGAGUUUGAGAUCGACAGCAUUCGAACAGACAUCUCAGCAGACAAGUACCCUGACAUCAACGUGGUAACAGGUGUUCUGAAGGACUUCUUGCGUGAGUUGCCAGAACCGCUCUUCUCUCCUGCCCUGUCUGACAUCGUGUGUGCCAAACCCAGUGACAAGGAGCCAGAAGAGAUGCUGCAAUGCCUGGGCCCUGUGCAAAAGUUAACCCUUGGCUACCUGCUGGACCACCUGAAGCGAGUUGCGGCCAACUGUGCCGUCAACAAAAUGGACUACAACAACCUGGCGGUGUGCUUCGGGCCGGUGCUGUGUUCCCCUCCCCAGGGGUCGGACGUGGACGGUGCUCAGGGAGCCCUGCUGGCUGCCAUUGACUUCAGAAAGCACAUCGCUGCACUGCAGACACUGCUGGAGCUGUGGCCUGCUGAUAGAGAUCCAAAUGCAGACAAAGACCAGGGGACUCCAAAUGACGAAGGAGAGGACAAAGAUGAGCCCAACAACAACGACCUUCCUGAGUCUGACUCGACCUUGUUGUACAGCCGUCUCCGUGGCAACACGAGUUCGAGCGAGGACAGCCGUCCCGAGGCAGACCGCACCGACAGCGACACGAGCCAGCGGUCGCAUGAGCCCAGCCCGCGUCUGGGACGAGACGGGAGUCCAUGCACGGGACGGCUACAGGUGUACGAUGAGGUGUUUGAAGAGACAGCAGCAAACGUACCGACCAGAUACCAAAGUUAUGAGGAGGUGGAAGAGUUCACUGCAGAGGGGGGGAAGAUUGAGCAGAGCACGUUGGAACGCAGGAUGGUGGAACGAGGGAAGAUGGUGCAGCGCGACCGGAGUUUCCGAGGGGACCGUCCCGCUCGAGUACGGGUAAAGGUCGAAGACGAUUAUAUGGACAUGGAAGGAGGUGGAUUGCAGGAAGAGAAGAAGUCGCCAAGAAGGAGUGGAGGUGCGAAGACAGAAGGGAAGGAGAGAGAUGAGAACAUUGCAAACGAAAGUAAGGACUCUGUUGUCGGUGAAAGAGACAUUGAGAACACUGCUGAGGAAUUGAUGGCAAAGCCAAGGUCAAGAAUAUCGAGGAAGCAUGAAAAGGAGUACGUCAAUCUCGCUCCUUACCGAGCGGCUCUUGGCGUGUCCUCUGCUGAUGAUGAAGGUGACUCCAAGGUCGCAGCCAGUCCCAAAUUGAAACAACAGGAGACGCCAAAAUCACCUGCCAAAGCUUACAUCGAUUACGCUCAACUCUCAAAAUCGAGGGAGCGCUUAUCGGACUCGUCCAGCUCGAGAGAACAGCUGACGGAUUCCAGCGAGCGCCUGACGGAAUCUCCCAAGCCGCACAAUCAGCGCGAACAAGCGUCUCUGAGGGACAGAGGUGGCCAGGCGAGCGGGUCUGAGAAAGCGUACAUCGACAUGAGCCAGCUGAGGGGUCACAGGAAGAUGUACCAGCAACGCAGCAGGACUGAGGAGAUACAUGCUAGGUACCCAGGAAAGGAGUCAGAGGAGCACACGCCAACAAUACAAGUCUCCAGUACGGAGAGCAUCGUGAGACGGAGACUGCGGUCCUUUGAAGGGGAUUCCCGAGGUGAACAGCAGGGGCCUGCUCCGUUCCCGCGGGCAGGUGCCCAGGCGGAGGGGUCAGCAGAUCAGCGUGGCUGCCGACAGCGGGGGAGAGCGCGCGCCGCGACGGACAGCGCGCUGUUCAUCCACGAGGGAGACAGCGACUUUGAGGAAGACCGGCUGCUAGCGCGAGACUUCGCCCGCCGCUUGCCUUUACAGACUCCCGUCCCUGAGAGUCUGUCUGUAGAUGAAGGAAUCGACGUCCGUGCGUUAAGUCCCCAAGAUCUCAGCGUCGACGUAGAUCUGAGCACAAAAUUCCACGAUAUAGACAGACUGGUAUCAGAGACCAUUAAGGACACGCUCCUGGCAUCCACUUCUCCUUACAAGGGCGGUGCCAAGGCUUCUCGUUCCAAGGACAGUUUGGACAGUGGCGCGGUUCUGUCACCCUCCAUGAGUCGGGACGUCAUGGCCAUGGGAGGGUCCCAGCCCUCGCCGGAGAGUUACGGCUCGCGGGACGAGGGCUGGUCGGACAUUGACCAGUGGAUCCUGGAGCGGUGGAACAGCAUCGACCAUCUCAUGGAGACCUGGACCCUGUCCGACAAUCCCAGCACUGACGCCUCCGACUGUUGAUCGCCAUGACUUCAGGAGCAAGUCGGUAGAACGUACUGCACCUAUGCAAAACCCGUAAUGUAUUGUACAUAGCACUUAGACAGAACCUCUCAAAUAAGGUCGUAUUCG